UCUCUCCACGCCCUUUCGCUUGCAACCCAAACGUUUGCUGAUCUACCAGGCGCAACGAUCAAUCUCAAAAUCAUCAGCACACCAUUGCACCAGUCUCUGUGGCUUCCACCUCAAGGUGUACGAUUUCUCAGCCGCGGGCAAAAGUUUGCAUGCAUAGCAGUGUUCGAAUCAGGCUUGUACAACAUUGAUCCAAUUGUGAUGAAAGAUGUGAUUGCCAUCUCGUCUCGCAACAGUAUUUUUGCCUCCGCAUUGCUUCAUAACGACCCAGGUUCUCUUGACCACGUUAAUGACGUGCGUCGAGUAGUUGGAAAUGUAGGUAAAACAGGAAUGGUCUUGAUGGUCGCCCCGCAAGCACCACGAACGAAAGGAGUCAACUUGAACGAAUUCCGUCUUGUUUGCCAUAAUCCGUUCAAUGGCAAAUCAGAAGACAGCUUUAGAUCCACUUCGCUUCACUUGACUUUCACUGAAUUCGAGCUCCCCGUCGACGUGGGAGAAAGAGGAGCCAUUGAUAAGGAUCUUUGUUUCGUGGAGACGCUUAUACAGGUUUAUGAUCGAGAUCAGUGGAUUGCUGACAUCGAUGUCCUACCUGUAUCUCAGAAUGACAAUGAUGCUGUACGCCGCAAUACGGUAAAGUGUACGGGAUUCUCCCCAACAAUACCGUCGAUACUCGUGUCUAUCGAUAAUUGGGAAGAAUUACUAGAUGUUCCAAAAGAUCUUGGCAAACUCAGGGUGGCAGUUGUCAGGGCACAUGAUAAUUGGCUAGCAAGGCUUGCCGCUGCUUGCAUCUGCCAACAGAAAGGUUUCCGUAUCGUCAUCAAUCCUUCAAAGGAUGUUUGUUGGCAAUGC